AUGGCCGCAUGCACUCGGAGCUCAGGAUCAAACAAUAUUUCUAAACCCUCUAACGUGGCCCAAUCUCCCCACAAACAGCAUCAACCUGAACACCCAGCCACAAUUAAAGAGAAGGUCCGAAAAACUAAAAAAGCAAAGCCCGACAACCCUCAGCAAAGCAGCAGUAUCAGUGUCCUAUGGCGGCAGGCCCGAUUCAACAUGAGCACCAACAUUACCGACUAUGCCGACGACGGCUCUGACAUAUCGGAUGACUUUACAAGUGGGGCUGACAUGCACCACUCACCCGUGGUGGCUCCUUCCCGAACUCACCCUCCAGCAGAUACAUCUCCAGUGACCACAGCAGUAAUGAAGAACUGCUAG